CCCCCGUGUCUCUCCUUCAGGCAUAUGCCGUGUCCAUGGAUGAUGACAUCCCUGACAGGCAAGGCAUUCAGUACUAGGCUUUGGAUAUAUAUCUUUCGGUGUCUCUCUGUCCGUUUUGUCUUUUCCUCUCCCGAGACGCCUAGAGUGUUCCACACUACACAUCUAUCAGACAUCUCUCCGAUUCAUGCGCUUUCCUCCAUCCCGGCUCCUUUCAGAAAAACUACCUGGGUCCCGACAUCACCAGUCCUAGCGUUCGAUAUCCUCCUCUCCUGAACCUGCACCACGACGCCGCAAGUAAAGGGCCCGCCAUGUCGUACAGCUGGAUAGGAGCUCCCACCGUCUUCAAUGGCACCAACUCAGACUAUGGUGGCAACUCGGCCACCCAAAACCUCAACCAAUGGUACCAGGCUGGCGACCAGGCCUACAUCCUCCUCUCCGCCAAUAUUGUCCUUAUGAUGAUUCCCGGCAUCGCUUUCCUUUACUCAGGUCUCGCUCGCCGCAAGUCUGCCCUCUCUCAGCUCUGGGUCGCCAUGAUGACCUUCUCCGUCGUCGUCUUCCAGUGGUUUUUCUGGGGAUACUCUCUCGCCUUCAGUGAAAGCGCUACCAACGGUUACAUUGGCGACCUCAAGCACUUCGCUCUCAUCAAGGUCCUCGCCGCCCCGUCCCCAGGCUCCCCGCUGAUCCCCGCCCUUCUGUACGCCUUUUACCAGAUGAUGUUCCUCGCCGUCACGGCCGCUCUUACCGCCGGUGCCACGGCCGAACGUGGCCGAGUCAUCCCUUGCAUGGUCUUUAUCUUCUUCUGGGCCACUCUCGUCUACUGCCCCCUGGCCUGCUGGGCUUGGAACGUUAACGGAUGGGCCCUCAACUGGGGCGUCCUGGACUACGCCGGUGGUGGCCCUGUCGAGAUUGGCUCCGGUCUCUCUGCCCUCGCCUACUCCUGGGUCCUCGGCCGCCGCAACGACAAGAUGAUGCUCAAUUUCCGCCCUCACAACGUCGCCUUCAUCACGCUUGGCACUAUCCUCCUCUGGUUCGGUUGGCUCGGCUUCAACGGCGGCUCCGCUUUUGGUGCCAACUUGCGUGCUGUUAUGGCCUGCUUGAACUCGUGUCUCACUGCCAUGUUCGCCGCCAUGACUUGGUGUCUCCUUGACUACCGCCUUGCCAAGAAGUGGUCCCUCGUGGGCUGGUGCUCUGGAACCAUUUCCGGCCUCGUCGCAGCGACUCCCUGUUCCGGCUUGAUCCCUCCCUGGGCGUCGGUCAUCCUGGGCAUCGUCGCGGGCAUUGCCUGCAACUUUGGCACCAAGAUCAAGUUUAUGCUGAAAAUCGACGACUCGCUGGACGUCUUCGCGGAACACGGCAUCGGCGGCAUUGUCGGCCUCAUCUUCAACGCCUUCUUCGCCACUGCCGACAUUAUCGGUCUCGACGGUGUCAACACGGGCGCCCAGGGCGGCUGGCUCGACGGCAACUACAGAGCCAUGUACGUCCAACUCGUCUACAUCGUGGCUACCUCGGCAUAUUCGUUCAUCAUGUCAGCGGCCAUUGCGAAGGCCAUUGACCUCGUACCGGGCCUCAAGCUGCGCGCCUCGGAAGAGGCCGAACUCCUUGGUAUGGACGACGACCAGCACGGCGAGUUCUCCUACGAUUACGUCGAGGUCCGCCGCGACUUCCUGGCCUGGACUCCGGCCCAUGCCGAUCCUGCCUCCGAAGCUGAGUGCCUCGUCCCGAAGCACGGUAUCGUGGAGCACCAGCACAUGGCAGAUGAUCAUUGCGUCCGAAGCGUUACCACUGAGACGAAAGGGAUGAAGCACACGCCGGCCGAUUCGGAAGUGGAAGUCGAGGCCGGGAGCGAGGUGUUGGAAAAGCCCACGAGGCAGUAAGGGGGACGGAACGAGACACAUUCCUUUUUCUUUUCUUUUAAUUUUCUUUUUCGCUCGAUCAACGCGUGUCGAUCUGUCGUUAAAAAUGAGGUCAAGCAAGGUGUUUGGGAGUAUAUGAUGUGGGUUGCCACUCUUCUCAGGGGGGAUUAGAACAAGCUUCUGUCGUGGUUUCGGGUCGCGAGUUUUUAUUAUUUUUUCCAUUUCGGCAGCAGCAAGCAAAAAGUAAAGCGGCAUAUAUCUUGGGGUUUGCAAUCAUUUCAUAUCCCAGCAGCAGUGGGCUUCACAGCCUUGUUAUCCUGGCUAUCUUAGAAUCAAACAACAAAAGAUCUUGACGUUCAUCGCCC